AUGUUUCACUUCCUGGACGUGGAAUACGUGAAUCACACCCAAGUGCUUGAGCAAGCAAAAAAAUUUGCGGUACACAGUCGUCGUAGGCGUGUCACUGCUGCGGACUUCGAUUCGGCAGUUGCAUUGGAAGGCUACCCGCCGUUGUUUGGCUUCUCUGCCAACGAUGAAUUGCCGUUUCGUUUUGCUGGUUCGAUGGGACGUGAUCUGUUCGUUGCGGACGAACGUGAUCUAGAAAUUACACCAAUAGUAAAUGCGCCAGCAGUAAAAUUGCCUUAUGACAUCAACAUCAAGGGUAGGUCGUUGUUUGAUUCUUUUGAUUUUUUCCGCUGCUACUUCCAUUAA